AUGAUCAGGUCAAGCCUCAAAGACGGCGGUGAAAUUGAGGACGAUCCAUUCUCCUUGGACGGCAACGCCUACGAUCUUUCCUUGAAGAGAGUAAACUCUGACAUGACGCUUGAUCUGAGCCGACUGCCAUCACUCGAUUAUGCCAUCUACCUCGUUAAUACGGUCAACUUCCACCUGGGCGGAAUUCUUCGGUUGUUCGACGAGUACGAAUUUCUGCAAAAUCUCCAUGAAUUCUAUAAUCAAGGUUCGCAGAAGGCUCGUGCACACAAACUCUGGUACAUCCAAUGUCUCCUUCUCCUCGCACUGGGGAAAGGCUUCCUCAACGUUCGAAAUUCGCCAGACAACACAUCAUCAACGGAUUACUUCGUCCGUGCGAUGUCUAUCCUUCCAGACACUACGGAGCUCUAUGAAGAGCCCGUUCUGGCCGUCGAAGUACUUGCCACCGUUGCCUUGUACUUUUACUGUUUGGAUAUGAAACAGAGCGCUUAUUCCUAUAUUGGACAAGCUCUACGAAUAGCUCUGGUGGAGGGACUGCAUGCCGAAUUGCCCCCUCUCCAGCUGGGGGAUCGUUUCACCGAAAGGUGUCGGAACGCUUGGUGGACAACCUACAUCCUAGACCGUACCUUGUCUGCAGCGGUUGGGGCGCCUAUUUCCGCCCAAGAUAGCCACAUUCAGCAGUCUCUCCCUUCGCCUCAGCAAGUCUCGCAACGCGACGCCACCUUAGUCAUGCACGUCAAGUUGUGUCGCAUGGUAUCAUCCAUUUUGACAGAGCUGUACACUGCGAAUGGAAGCCUAGAGAAUACAUAUCUCUCAAAGGUCAGAUCGGUUCUGAAGCAGAUGGCCGAUAUUGCGAAACAACUCGAGGAAGUUAUAGAUUUCAAGUUUAAGAGUUCUCUGGAAACACUUUCUAAAGGAGCACUGUAUUUGAGAAUGCUUUACAAUCAGGAGACGCUACAGUCCCUCCGUCCCGGCUCCAAUGGUGUGAAGGUCUAUAUUCCACCUUCAAUACGCGAUCUGUUGAAAACAUGCUCAGAUUCUGCCACCAAAACGCUCAAGAUGCUCAGCGCCUUGAGCAGCCACAGUUUCCUUGACACAUUUCUUCCCUUCGAUUUGGAAUUUGCUUGUUCGGCAUCAUCCGUGGUCACGAUGGUUGACGAAAUUCUUCGAGGUGCAUCAAUAUCCUCAUCCACCAAAGAUCUGCGCCACAAGAUUCUUGAUGAGAUUGCAGCAGGAGGAAACAAAGCUGCCCCGUACCGACGAAGAGAGCUACGGAGGCUCUCAGAACUAGCCGACCGUCUGUGGAACACCAUCGAUGCAUUGAAUGCCCAGAAUCGCAGCCCAGGAACGGCAGCAUCAGACCACGAAGUGGAUCAGGUUCAUCAACAACGACAUAAUCCCAGCGUACAAUCAGAGGAUCACCAGCUUGGACUUGAUUCUCGAGCGGGUGACGAUGGAGCGGCGAUGGCCGAACUGCCUGGCAAUGGUCUUGAACAACCUCUGGUCCUGCUUGAGGAGCAAGCCAUUGCGAUCCCUCCGGGGGCUUCAGUUUCAUCUUCUGACUUUGCUCAAACCUUUGAUUUCUCGCCCGAGCAGAUGCUUCUUCUGGCAGAUCAUCUGGACGUAAAUGCACUGCAAACUGGGUUUGAUUUUGCGAGCCACGGGUUCAAUGAGUGGAUCUGA